UUAUAUAAACCCGGACACUUUCCUAGACUUUCAUUCACACCAUUCUACAUUAGUUAGCUCUCUAUUUCCUUUCUUACCUCUAACUCUUUCUCAUGGAAAACCUAGCCUUGUUGCUUUCUCUUUCCCUCUUAUUUAACAUCAUCUCUUUCCCUCUUCCAUCCUCCGCGGUUUCCUCAUGUAACGGUCCUUGUCGAACCCUUGACGACUGCGAAGGUCAACUCAUAUGCAUUAACUCCAAAUGCAACGAUGAUCCUGACGUCGGAACCCACAUCUGCUCCGGCGGUGGAGGAAGCACCCCUUCUCCUCCUUCCGGCGGUGGAGGCGGAACUUGUCAGGCCUCCGGCACUCUCAAUUGCAAGGGAAAGUCUUACCCCACCUACACGUGCUCUCCUCCUGUCACAUCCUCCACAAAAGCCAAGUUAACGAACAACGACUUCAGCGAAGGCGGCGAUGGUGGUGAGCCCUCGGAGUGCUACAAUAGGUACUAUGAAAACUCGGAAAGGGUGGUUGCACUUUCCACCGGAUGGUAUAAUGGAGGAUCGCGGUGCGGGAAGUUCAUAAAGAUAAAGGCCAGUAAUGGGAGGACUACGACGGCGAAGGUUGUGGAUGAGUGCGAUUCAAGAAAUGGGUGUGAUGAAGAGCAUGCAGGUCAGCCGCCAUGUAAGAACAAUAUCGUUGAUGGUUCGGAUGCUGUGUGGAGUGCUUUGGGAUUGAAUAAAGAUAUUGGAAUUGUGGACGUUACUUGGUCCAUGGCCUAAAUUUAAUUGGUUUAGCAAAAAUUACAAAUGUCCAUGAAUAAAGUUUAAGGACCGUUUAGGUUUGCCAUCAAAAUUAA